AUGGCUGGCAACAAUGAAGCUCCCUACGACCCAUACAUCCCUUCUGGGCAGGCUGCAUCCGCGCAGGGCGCCGGCGCUACCAGAACCCAGGCGCUGCAAGCAGAAAUCGACAACACGGUCGGUGUGAUGCGCGACAACAUCAACAAGGUCUCACAGCGCGGCGAGCGUCUCGAUGCCCUGCAAGACAAGACAGACAACCUGGCCGUGUCGGCCCAGGGCUUCCGCCGCGGUGCCAACCGCGUGCGCAAGCAGAUGUGGUGGAAGGACAUGAAGAUGCGGAUGUGCCUGAUUGCCGGCAUCAUCAUCCUCAUCCUGGUCAUCGUCGUCCCAGCUGUCUCUUGUACGCAUGACGAAAGUUGCAGCUUGGCCGACGACGAGAUCGUUGGGUUCGGCAGCUGUCCUGAACUUACGAAAUCUUACGGAUGGAUGGCUAGGGUUAUCGCCGCCGAUGGCUGA